CGCUGGACUGCACUGGGGAAUGCCCUGUAAAUUCAGCAAGACGCAGCUUUUACUCGGAGAGUUUGCUAUAGGGUUGAUUUGGACUUGCACCCUCCAAGCAAAGGGUGUGCUCGUUUUUAUUUGUUUUGUAAAUACGCGUGACACAGAGGCUCGGGUCCUGCUUAGACAGCGGCGCUUCUUGUUUGGGGAAGUUUGCUAAUUUUAAAAGUUGCGUUUGGGGAGAGAAUAGACGUCUUAUACUAGUGUAUGACAAGUGAGUCUUGUUAUUGGAUUUGGAGGCUUCAGUCAGGGUUUCCAUUUGUGUAUCUAGAAGAAAGACAGUGCGCGCCUGCUCGAACUAUUGAAAUCAUGCUCCUUCAGAUCUUUUUCAUGUGAGAUCACGUUAUGAAACGUGUUGGAGACACAGAUAUGUCUAUUUUAAAAAUAAAUUUAUUUUCCAAAUGUGUGGGCAAAAUAUUAUGUUGAAUUAAAUAGUUUUCAAAAUUGUUAUAUAACCAGCAGACUCGCGGCGGAUUUUGUUUUGUUUUGUACUAUGCUUGAAGAAUGCUUCCUAGAAAGAGUAUCAUUCCGGAGGAGUUUGUGCUGCCGGUGAUCACCCCGGGGUUGUUCCGCAAACCCCGCUUCAGAGACCGGCCGCAGAAAGCUCGCUUCCUCACCAAGAGCGGAGCCUGCAACCUGGCGCACAAAAACAUCCGCGAGCAGGGCAGGUUCCUCCAGGACGUGUUCACCACGCUGGUGGACUUGAAGUGGCGGUACACGCUGGUCGUCUUCACCAUGUCCUUCCUCUGCAGCUGGCUCCUCUUCGCAAUGGUCUGGUGGCUGGUCGCUUUUGGGCACGGAGAUCUGAACCCCAAUCGGGUGGGGAUUGAACCAUGCGUAACCAAUGUCAAGUCCUUCACAUCAGCUUUCCUCUUCUCCAUUGAGGUGCAGGUGACUAUCGGCUUCGGGGGCCGGAUGAUGACAGAGCAGUGCCCCACGGCAAUCACAGUCCUGAUCGUGCAGAACAUCGCGGGGCUCAUCAUCAAUGCCGUCAUGCUGGGCUGCAUCUUCAUGAAGACGGCCCAGGCGCAUAGGAGGGCCGAGACCCUGAUCUUCAGCCGGCACGCCGUCAUCGCCGUGAGGAACAACAAGCUGUGCUUCAUGUUCCGCGUGGGCGACCUACGCAAGAGCAUGAUCAUCGGGGCAGCCGUGCGCAUGCAGGUGGUGAAGAAGACCACCACGCCGGAGGGGGAGGUCAUCCCCAUCCACCAAAUUGACGUCCACACCGAGAACCCCAUCGAGUGCAGCAACAUCUUCUUAGUGGCUCCGCUGAUCAUCUCCCACACCAUCGACAAGACCAGCCCCCUCUAUGACCUAUCCUUCAAUGACCUGCUGGACAACGAUCUGGAGAUCAUCGUCAUCCUCGAAGGAGUGGUGGAGACCACGGGCAUCACAACCCAGGCCAGGACCUCCUACAUGCCCGAAGAGAUCCAGUGGGGCCAUCGCUUCGUGCCCAUCGUCACCGAGGAGGAUGGCGUCUACUCCGUGGACUACUCCAAAUUUGGGAACACCGCCAAAGUGGCGGCGCCCCGCUGCAGUGCCAGAGAGCUGGACGAGAAGCCAUCCAUUCUCAUCCAGGCCCUGCAGAAGAGCGAGCUCUCCCACCAGAACUCGUUGAGGAAAAGGAACAACUCCAUGAGACGGAACAACUCCAUGAGACAGAACAACUCCAUGAGGAGGAACAACUCCUCUUUGAUGGUGCCCAAGGUGCAGUUCUUAACCCCCAACGGCAGCCAGAACGUGCCCGAAACAUGAUACAUUGUGACAUCCUGUUUGCUGGCAUGUGUCGUGACUUUGGGAUACCUCAGAACUUCAAUCUUCUUAAUGGUUCCGGUACUUCGAGGAUUUCUGUGUCUUUGCCAGCAUGUUGGAUGUUUUCAUGCUGUGGGCCCUCUUCACAGAUCUUCAGCUCCCACUCAAUUGAACAGUCAGAUCCUCUUCACAAAGCUUUAACUCAAGAGGCUGGGUUCCAAAGCUAUGUACUUCAAAUCAUCAUUAGCACAGCUUUUUUUUUUUCAAAAUGGAAACUGUAUUUUAUUCCAAAUCAUUAGUAGCUUAUUUUUUUCUGAAAGAAAACACCCCCGAACCUGUUAACAAACCCAUCAUUUAAAUGACUGAGGUGUUUAUUUCUGGUUUGGUGACUUUGUUAGGUGUUUUUUUUGUCUUUCUGAAUAAAGCAAGCGAAUGCUGAUUUGGAGUAAAGAGCUUUGAGAAUCAAGUCCUAAAUCUUCAAAUAGCUCCUGAGUUAAGGCUGUGUGAAUGAAGCGGGCAGUGAUUAAAAGAGGCUUUUAAACAUCCUCAGAGUUUAGAGAGUACUUUGAAAGAACACGCUUUAGAAACUGGGGAAUAGUUUUAUGAUUCUUUCAUUAAUAAAAUGCCUUUCAAUAAAGCUGGAACAAAGGUUUAGUGAAUAGGGCCCUAUAUCACGAGAUAUGCUCUUACCAUUAAACAACAGUAUUUAUUGUCUAGGAUCUGAAGCAAUUCUUGUGCUUAAUAUUUGUGUUCUAUAUAUGUGUCUGAUGUACUGUAUCUUGUAUUUUGGAAUCUGACGUUUACCAGUUCCCAUUUGUAUGUAAUGUGCAUUCUUCUCAUAUACUUAUCACUCAUUACUUUGCAUAUAUAGUAGUACUAAAGAUAAAUCAUUUUUCAAUGAGUACCUUCGUUUUACUAAGCUUCUUUUUAGUAUACAUAUAAUCAUCGAACAGGAAUCAAAUGCCUCCUAACCAUCUGCACCCAAAUCUACCAUGCAGUCAGCAAACAAAGGAAGUGUAAGAGGGGAAACAGCAAAAGGGUACGGCAUUGCACAAAACAAACUGCCAUUAUACCUAUCUGAGAGUCGUGAGCAGUAUGGAAAUUACUUGUAUAACUGUUGUAAUCUGUAACGCAACACUGAGAAUGUUAUAUGAUUGAGUACCUUGCAGUGCGUCUGGUUUUUGUUAUGCUGCAGCAAAUAAUAUUCUACUUGUGCACUGCUGAAUAUUUCUACAUCUUACCACAUGCACAGAGCAGGCCUGAGAAAGUGAUUCUAUUAAUAUCAGAAGCUAUAUUGCUGUGCCCAAACAUUUUACAGGCUGUUAAUGUUAGAGAUACUUUCCAGCAAGCUGGGAAUUGCUUUACUUUGUUUUUCUGCUUGAAGUUUAGUGAUAGAGCACGUAAUUACGACUGACAAUUACAACUGUUUGACAAGUGUUAUAUAAAUAUGAAUGAAUCACA